AUGUGCGACCAUUGCAGAACCUACAAACCGUUGCUGGAUGCGCAGGACGACGUUCCGAGAAUCUACGACAAACCUCCUCGAAUCAAUCCGACACCGACGAUACCGCGACCCGAGGCCAGCAACAACGGUUGCUGCUCCUGGAGGCAAAGCUGCUGCAACGGUGGUUGCUGCGACCGAGUUGGAAACUGCUGCUCCCCUCAGCCGGAAGCUCGAAUGCCCGAAAAACCCGCUUACGGCAACGGUUAUGGUCAACCGAGCAUCUCCAGCCAGCCCUAUUUACCGACUGCUGCUGGUGGCGCGACGAAAAAUGAACAGGCAAUCGUACCGAGCAACCAGCUCAACAGAAGCUUCUACAGCGCGAGUUAUCCACCCCAGAACCGUACCUACGAGGACAUUUGGAACCUGGCCACCGACAGAGCUGGUCUGGCUAUAUUGCUCUUCGUGUUCUCCGUAGCCACGGUAUUCGGUAACAUGCUGGUAAUCCUGGCUGUGGUUAGAGAGAGGUACCUUCACACGGCCACUAAUUACUUCGUCACGUCGCUGGCGUUCGCGGAUUGUCUGGUAGGGUUAGUGGUGAUGCCUUUCAGCGCAAUCUACGAGGUCCUGGAGAAUCGUUGGCUCUUCACCACCGACUGGUGCGACGUAUGGCGAUCCUUGGACGUCCUGUUCUCCACAGCUUCCAUUCUCAAUCUCUGCGUCAUCAGUCUGGACCGAUACUGGGCAAUUACCGAUCCUUUCACCUAUCCCAGCAAGAUGAGUAGAAAGAGGGCCACGAUUUUGAUAGCAACCGUGUGGAUCUGUUCGAGCGCGAUCUCCUUCCCGGCGAUUGCCUGGUGGAGAGCUGUUCGAACGGAAGAGGUACCAGAGGACAAGUGUCCGUUCACGGAACACCUUGGCUAUCUGAUCUUCUCCUCGACCAUCAGCUUCUAUCUACCGCUGUUCGUCAUGGUCUUCACUUACUACAAGAUCUACAGAGCGGCCGUCAUUCAAACCAAGAGCCUGAAGCUAGGUACUAAACAGGUGAUCGUGGAUUCUGGGGAAGCCGAGCUCACUCUCAGGAUACAUCGAGGAGGCGGAACGAACACCGACGCCAGGCACCUGUUCCGAACCGCCUCGAGCACGCCCGAAGAUCUCCAGGAUCUCGAGGAGCCUCUGACAGCUAUUCACAAUAAUUGUCUAACCAGAGUGCCGUCCACGAGAAUCAAUAAACAGCAUCUGGGCAAGAAUUUCUCGCUGUCGAGGAAACUGGCGAAAUUCGCCAAGGAGAAGAAAGCGGCGAAGACGUUGGGUAUCGUGAUGGGAGUGUUCAUCAUCUGUUGGCUACCGUUCUUCGUGGUGAACCUCUGGUCGGGUUUCUGCUCGCAGUGCAUAUGGCAGGAGAAGAUCGUGUUCGCGGUGGUAACGUGGCUGGGAUGGAUCAACAGCGGGAUGAAUCCGGUGAUUUACGCCUGCUGGAGCAGGGACUUUCGAAGAGCGUUCGUGAGGAUCCUGUGCGCCUGCUGCCCGAAACGGAUGAGACGCCGGUAUCAGCCGGCAUUCAGAUGUAAACCGAGUCAAUACGUUUCCGGCGCGGGCACCGGUGGACAGGCGAGCAGCGUCAGCUACAGUAGCGUCAGCCAGAGCAGCGAUGGUGGCGCUGCAACUGCGCUACCUAGCGGUGGAAUGUGA